AUGUCAUUAACCUUCCUCACAAGAAUUGACUCCGGCUUCGAUAAUUCCAACCAAACUGCAUGUGAAGCACGUGGUUGUAUCUGGGAUUCCAGCGUUGCAAAUUCCACAUCCGGCAUUGUUACCUGUUACGUACCGAAAUCAAAAGGUCCCAUCACAAGUAAAAAUGGAAAGAAUACAGAUGCUACCAGUGAUGAAUUUUCAUUAUUCAACAAUGAUAUAGAGCAGCUGAAUGUUUUGUUAACAGUGAGUGGUACAAACAUGGUAAGAAUGACAAUAACAGAUGCUAACACGGACAAUCAACGUUAUGAAGUACCUGUUCCAAUAACAUGGAGUGCCACAACUAGCCAGUCACAACAGCAGAAUCUUCGUUUUGAACUAACCCAAACUCAGUACAAUCAAACUGGUUUACGUGUGAGACGACAGACGGGCAGUAAGAGCUCUGACAAUGAUCCAAUUUUAUUUGAUACAACUUAUUUUGCCGAAGGACUUAUCUACGAUAAUCAGUUUCUACAGAUAAUUACAACAUUUCCAUCGAACAAUGUUUACGGCUUUGGUGAGAAUACGCACCCAUCAUUUCGACACAAUUUGACCGAUGGUAUUCGUUACGGGAUUUUUGCACGUGAUCAACUACCACUGGGUCAGAAUGAAAAUCUCUAUGGUACACAUCCGUUUUACAUGUGUAUUGAAAACGAUGGUAAUGCCUUCGGUGUUUUGAUAUUCAACUCAAAUGCCCAAGAUUACGAAUUUUCACAGUUCAAUGCUACGAAAGCUCUACUAACCUACCGUACAAUUGGUGGUAUCCUGGAUCUCUUCUUUUUUGCUGGACCAACGCCGGAAGAAGUAAUACAGCAGUAUCAAAUGGUUAUCGGGCAACCUUACAUGCCACCGUAUUGGGGUUUGGGAUUUCAGCUCUGUCGUUUCGGUUAUAAUUCCUUAACUAAUAUGAUGGCUGCAUGGAAUCGUACAAUUUCAAAUGGGAUUCCGCUGGAUGUGCAGUGGGGCGAUAUCGAUACCUUUGACAAUCAAAGAGAUUUCACGUACGAUCCAGUGAAUUAUGCCGGCUUGCCCCAGUUUAUUGAUCAUUUGCACGAUAUCGGAAUGAAAUUCGUUACGAUCUUAGAUCCAGCUAUAGAUUCACAACAUCCGAACUACAGUGCUUUCGUACUUGGAGAACAACAUAAUAUCUGGAUUAAAUGGCCGGUAAAUGAAAAUCUGCAAUUUAAUGAAACUGGAAACCAGAAUAUGUUAGGAAAUGUGUGGCCGCCAGGUAAAGUUGUAUUUCCUGACUUCUUCUACCCUCCUACGAAAUCAUGGUGGUUGAACCAGAUUGUAACAUGGCACAAUACACUAAAUUUCGAUGCAAUUUGGAUCGAUAUGAAUGAACCAUCAAACUUCGACACAAACCUGAUUCAGCAGUGGAACUUACACUGCCCAACUGAUGAACAGUGGGAUGUACCACCCUACCACCCUGCGAUCUGGGGUUCUGUGAUGUCAGACAAAACCAUCUGUAUGCUAGCACUGCAAACAGACGGUAACACAACGUAUCGUCACUACGAUAUCCACAAUCUCUUUGGUUGGUCGCAAACUGUAGCUACACUGCUGGCGGCUCGAGCUUUGUCUCUAGGACGACGUUCAUUCGUCGUAAGUCGUUCAACGUUUCCAUCCUCCGGCGUGUACGCAGGUCACUGGACCGGUGAUAACUCAGCUCUGUGGCCGUUCGUCAAGUACAAUAUUAUCGGCUUGUUGGAAUUCAACUUAUUUGGAAUACCCUACAUUGGUGCUGAUAUCUGCGGUUUCAAUUUAAAUACGACGGAGGAGUUGUGUCAACGAUGGAUGCAGUUAGGUGCAUUCAAUCCGUUCUUUCGUAACCACAAUUCCAAUGGACUGAUUGAUCAAGAUCCCGGUGUCUUCUCACCUUCAGUCGUCGCUAGUAAUCGUAAAGCUGUAAUCUUACGUUACACGUUGAUCCCGUAUCUGUACACUUUGUUCUACAACGUCCAUGUCAACGGUGGCACAGUCGUUCGUUCAAUGGCACAUGAGUAUUCUCAGGAUUCAAACUGUUGGGGUUUAGAUGAACAAUUUCUUUGGGGUUCAUCUCUGCUGAUUGCACCGGUGAUCUAUGAAAAUCAAACUAUGAAGAAUUUGUAUUUACCACCGUCACCAGUACGAUGGUACGAUUACUAUACGGGACAGGAACAGACAAAGCUGGGAAAUAUUACGGUAGACGCACCGCUGGAUUAUAUACCGCUGUUUGUCAAAGGUGGCUCAAUAAUUCCAACACAACAGUAUGCUCUGAACACAAAUCUCUCGCGUCAGAAUCCAGUGUCGUUGCUCAUAGCAUUAGACCAGAAUCAAACAGCUAGCGGAAGUCUAUUCUGGGAUGACGGCGACUCAGUUGAUACUUAUGUAAAUCAAAAUUACAACUUGUUUCAGUUCAGUUAUACGAGUAACAGCACAAUUACAAUCACAGCAGUAGCCUAUUACUACCAAACACCAUUAGUACUGGGUCAAAUCCAAGUCUAUGGUUUAGCUGCACAGCCCACACAGGUUAUGCUGAUGGAGAGUAAUUCAACUGCGAUAAAUAUGAUGUGGAAUGCAACUUCAAAUGUACUACAGAUCAGUGACAUAGCUUUAAGUAUAACUGCAACAACACGCACACUGAUGGUUUCCUAUGACAACAUUACUACCAUCACAGGUACUAUGACUACAACAACGACGACUCAAGCAUCAUCAGCCGUAGGUACAGCCAAAAAAACAAUCUUAACGUUUGUUUAUUCAUUACGUAAGCAAUAG